AUGCAGAGUAUUCUUCUUCUAAAGGAUAAAUCCCGAAAUGAUAACCCAAACAACACAGCUUAUAUGGAUCCAUAUGAAAAAGAGUUAUCAAUGAUAAACUGUUCAUCAGUCUUUGUUCCAGUGCUGGAACACGCUUUGCUCAACAUACCUCGAUUAUCAGAUUUACUCAAAGAAGGAUCAAAAUCAAAAUAUUGGGGAGCGAUAGUGACUAGUCAACGAGCGGUCGAGGCACUGAGGACAGCUUGGAAUGAGGUCGUAUCUGAACUUACCGCGGACACGAUUAUGCGAUGGAAAAAUAUUCCGUUUUUUGUAGUCGGUAAAGCAACCGCAAGGGCAGUAUCCGAACUCAAUUUUACACCAGUUGGAGCCGAGCAUUCAGGCAAUGCGGACCUCUUGGCUGACUAUAUCGUAUCAUAUUAUGCUCAAAACAAGCUCGACUUGGAGAAUCAGUCGACAAAAUUGUUAUUUCUCGUCGGUGACAAACGAAGAGACGCAAUACCAAAACGAAUGUUACGGGAAGGAAUAGGCGUUGAUGAGUUGUUAGUUUAUGAAACUCGACCCAAUGAACAAUUCGAGGCUCUGCUGAAAGAUGCCUUGGAUAACGGCAGACCGUUCGAUUGGGUUGUAUUUUUCAGUCCAUCUGGGGUGGAUAUAACAAUUGAGUGCUUGCGUAAAUGGAAGGUGAUACCCAAUGCUAAACUGGCAACCAUUGGACCUACAACAGCUCAUCAUUUACAAGGACGGGUGCAGAUAAGGGUAAAUGCUGUCGCUGAAAAACCUGAUGCUGCGAGUCUAGCCAAAGCAAUUGAUGGGUGUAUUCGAUAA